UGCGCUACCGACACCCGCGCCGUGUCGCCGGGGUGUCUCUUGACACCACCCACGCGUUGCGUGUGCAUCGGCCAGUCGACUGCCGCGACGCGAGCAGAGCACACCGCGCGCAGCCAAAGUCCAGCAUGUCGCAGCCAAAGUCCAGCAUGUCGCAGCCAAAGUCCAGCAGGUCGCAGCCAAAGUCCAGCAGGUCGCAGCCAAAGUCGUCCAGCAGGUCGCAGCCAAAGUCCAGCAGGUCGCAGCCAAAGGCCAGCAGGCCGCAGCCAAAGUUCAGCACGUCGCAGCUUCUGCAACCAGCGCUGCUGCAGAUCGUCUUCGACACCUACGUUGAGCACCUCCGCCGCGACCUGUUUGUUGCCUACCCUUUCUUCCUGGAGGGCAUCGCACGAGCUGGACUGCCGAAGGGGCCUGGCCUUCUGGAGCUCAUGAUGAUUCUGUGCCCGCAGAUACGGGAGAAGCCCGUCCAGCCCAUGCCAGCGCCACACCAGUUCCGAAAACUUCUGAAGAAUAUGGAAUCAACGUUAUUUUCGCUUAUUGCUAUGGUGACGACAACACCGCAUCUGGGGCAGGGGUACCCGAAGGCUGCUUUCCUGUGGGGUUUCAUGCUGACCGCAGUCAAACUCCACUUGUACUCUUAAACGAUGAUUAUUUGAUUCGGUUGACUGGAUGAAUUUUAAAAAGUAAUAAACUAAUUUUUCCCAG